GGCUGCUAGUAUAGAUGAAAAGGCAAAGAGAGGGUUACACUGUACAUAAAUGAACUGAUGCCUGGUGCGGUGGUUUGAGUGUGAUACAGGACAGAUGAGAGCACUUCAGUAUCCCAUAGACUGUGAUGGAAUAUGACAGUUUAUAGAAACAAGUGUGGAUAUACAAAAACACCAGAAACACGGAGCCCUGGGAUUGGACUGCAGUGUCUUAUGUGGAUAAAAAUCAUCUGAUCACGUCCAGUCAAAUGACCAGUGAUGGCCACAGCAUCAGACACACCAGACAAUUUAGUGGAUGAAGAUGCGUCUAAACACAUUUUCAACCCUCUGGAGAGAAUCACGCUAUCUAUCUUCCUGGUGAUCAUCAUUAUAAUGACCGCUCUUGGUAAUUUGCUUGUGAUGGUGGCAAUCUGUAAAGACAGAAAGCUAAGGCAGAAGAAGACCAACUUCUUCAUCGUAUCACUGGCAUUUGCAGACCUUUUGGUUGCUCUUAUUGUUAUGCCCCUGGCAGUGAUAGAGCUGAUCACAGGUCAGUGGAGAUACGGAGAGACGUUCUGCCUGGUCCGUACCUCACUGGAUGUGCUGCUAACAACUGCAUCCCUCCUGCACCUGUGCUGCAUUGCACUAGACAGGUACUAUGCCAUUUGUUGCCAGCCUUUGGUCUACAAUAACAAGAUGACACCUGUGAGAGUCUCACUGAUGCUGGUUGGAUGCUGGGUCACCCCCUUUUUCAUCUCUUUCCUUCCCAUCAUGCAACACUGGCAUACCAUAGGAAUUGAACACAUUAUCAAAGAAAAAACCCAUUUCCACAACAAAACAUCUUGCGUGUUCAUUGUGAACCGACCCUACGCCCUGGUGUGUUCAGCCGUGGCUUUCUACGUACCUCUGGUGCUCAUGGUCCUCGCCUAUCAGCAGAUCUACAUCACUGCUAUGAGGCACGCUCGGCGAAUCGGCUCGCUGCAACGGGCCGGCUCGGCUCCCUCAUCCUACCCUAACCACGAUCAACACGGGUCCAGACGCAUGAAGAAUGAAACUAAGGCAGCCAAGACGCUGGCCGUAAUCAUGGGCUGCUUCUGUCUGUGCUGGGCGCCAUUUUUUGUCACCAAUGUGGUGGAUCCCUUCAUCCAUUACAGCGUGCCCCCGCAGAUUUGGACGGCUUGGCUUUGGCUGGGCUACAUUAACUCAGGCUUGAACCCAUUCCUCUAUGCGUUUCUGAAUCGGGCUUUUCGAAGAGCCUUUCUUAUGAUACUGUGCUGUGGAAAUAAGCACUAUACCCGGCAGGGUGGCUUUGGGCCAAACAGACCAUCUAUAGAGUCUGCCAACGGUGCCUCCAUUACUCUCAGAUUAUCAUUUCUUCAGAAUCGAAGACACAGUGACAAUUCCAACCGAAUUCUGUCAAGCGAGCAGGAAUCGCAGGAAUCUGUUGGGGUUUCAUAGUCAAGCUCUCAUCCCUACAGGUGCCAUUUUAAGAUACAACAUACAGACGUCGGCCCACAGAGGAAAUAUCUUAAAUCAGACUUCAUUCUGGUUUCCUCUUUUGAUAUGUGCUUUUCAUGACAGUGUUAAAAAUAUUGACUAUAUAAGGUCAGCCUCUCUCAGAACGGCUCUGUUGAGAUGAUAUUAGCAUGCAGGCAUUUUAACCGAACUGUCAAAAUUAUUAUGACUGCUGAAAGAAGUUUGAACAAAUACAAAAAAGACAGCAAAAAUGAACUGGACUAAUCUCUCAGCUACCUGCUUCUCAUUUAUAUACCAAUUCAUACUGUUUUAAGUUUGGAGGAAUAUUUUUAUUUUAACAGUACAGUCUGUCGUAUGCAUUUAUGUUUUACAUGUACCGUUUUGGCUUCUUUACAAAGAAGCUGUGGCUUUUUUGGUCACUGUGUGACUUUUUUACUUCCUGUCGCUGUGUAACUGAAUUUAUUGUACUGUGUAUCUGCAAGCUGAAUCUAAACCCACUCUCGCAUCUAUUCAGCACUUUAAUAAACGUUCUGUGGCAUCUCACCCAUUACACAAAAGCUGCUGUUUGAUG